AUUUUCUACUGGAUCGGUUACACACUCCCAACAAAAACAAAACUUCCCCAUAAGAAGAAACCCUAAUUUCGCAAAAGCCUACUCUUUUCCGAUUGUCUCCCCAUCCUGCGAAGCCGGACUUUGAAUUCCACUGUGAAAGAUGCAGCAUGACGAGGUUAUAUGGCAAGUUAUCAGGCACAAACACUGCAGUUAUAUGGCAAAAAUCGAAACCGGAAUCUUCUGCAGGAAUCCGUACAAUGUAACGGGUAUUUGCAAUCGAAGCUCAUGUCCUCUUGCUAACAGUCGCUAUGCCACCAUUAGAGACCACGAUGGUGUUUUUUAUUUGUAUAUGAAGACGAUAGAGAGAGCCCAUAUGCCAAAGAACUUGUGGGAGAGGGUGAAGUUGCCAAGAAACUACGAGAAGGCGCUUGAAACCAUUGACAAGCACUUGUUGUACUGGCCUAAGUUAUUGCAGCACAAGAUCAAACAAAGACUGACCAAAAUGACUCAGAUGCGCAUCCGGAUGAGAAAACUUGCUCUCAAGACAAUGGAGAAGAUGAUGACUAGGCCUAGGAGGGAUAUCAAGAGAGAAGCAAGAAGAGAGGAAAAGGCUGUAAAAGCAGCUUUGUUGGAUAAGGCCAUUGAAACCGAGUUGCUUGAGCGUUUGAAGAAAGGCAUUUAUCCUGACGACAUAUACAAUUUCCCUGAGCUUGAGUGGAACAAGGUUCUUGAUGAAAAGAAACCAUUGGCAGAGGGUGUUGAGGAAGAAAACGAGGAACCAGAAAUUGAAUAUGUUGAAGGCUAUGAAGAACUUGAAGAAGAUGAAGAUAUGGAAGAUUUCUCUGGUGGUCCCUCUAAGGGGUCUGGCUUCUACGAUGAUGAACACGAUUCAGCUGACGAGGAAGGCGAUGACGUUGAGGAGCAAGUUGUGAUUCACAAAAGAGGGAAAAGAGAUUCAAGAAAGCCUGAUGAUCAUGGAAAACCAAAGAAGAAGAAGAGAGUAGUUGUCGAGGUUGAGCAAGAAGAUGGAGACAGGAGACGAACCCUGAAAACCGCAAGCUGAGCUUAGAGGCCAAGCAAGAAAGUGAAGUUUUUUUUGUUGUUGUUGUUCUGUUUUGUUACUUGGAUAAGUAGAGUGGAAAGCUUUCUUCUUGUCAGUGUUACAGUUCAAAGUUUUGAACUUUGAAGCCUUUCCAAAUUUUCUAGCUGUCUUUUUUGGUAUUAGUGAAAGCUAAAACUUGUUCUGAAGUUUGAAUUUAUUAUACUUAAAACGAAGCAUUUUCAUUGACAUUUACAUGUGAUUUCGGUUUUGCUGAUUUUGUUGGAUAAUUA